UCCUCGCGCGGUAGGCGGGGAAACUAACCAGCCAAUCAGAGCUCGAGUUUAUCGAACCGUCACGUCGACCAAUGGGCGCGUGCGUGUGGCUUGCUAACAGGAAGUGAUUCACUCAGUCUGUGCCUAAAGUGAACACAGGAACUCGUUUAAACCUGCCACAUAGAAAUGUCUCCAGAUGAGCUGGUGUACCUGGGGAUCCUCACCGCAUCCAUACCUGUGGGGGUCCUGUUCCGCUACCUCAGUCCUCCAGUGAAGCAGGGGGCAGCGUUGAGUUUGGGUCUCCUCCUCACCAUUGCCACGUCCGGGAUACACACUUUACACUCGCUGUGCACCGUGCUGGGAACAUGGCUGAUUAUCCGAGUCAACUGGAGGAAAGCUCCACACCUUUCUCUCGGAUGGACGUUCCUCUAUCUUUUAUUCUUUCGUAUGGUCACAUGGUUCGGACUUACAGCUCCAUCACCAUUCGCCAACGCCAUCCAGCUUCUCCUCACCCUGAAGAUGGUCAGUUUGGCAUACGAGAUUCAGAGCUAUCACUUUGAGAAGAAAAAGGAAGUGAGCUCGUUCUCCAAGUCGCCUGUGAUUGGCCGUCUCUCUCGUGAGCCCUCCCUCUAUGACAUCAUCUCUUACAGCUACUGCUACAUUGGGAUCAUGACAGGGCCGUUCUUCCGUUAUCAGACGUACGUGGACUGGCUCGAACAGACCGAUCCUCUCUCGCUGCCGUGUAAAGCGCCGUGCCUGAACAGGUUAAAGAUGGUUCCCGUUUACGGCGCUCUCUUCAUGGCUGUUAACUUUCUGUUCCCGUUGUCCUACGUUCGCACUGACGAAUUCCUGGAGCACAACUUCUUCUUCAGGAUUUUCUACAUGGUGGCGAUAUUCUUCGUGUUCCGCAUGAGGUUCUACUCGGCGUGGUGUGGAGCCGAGGCCGGCUGCAUCACUGCAGGACUCGGAUGCUACCCGGAGGGGGCGGAGUCUAAACCAGGAGGCGGACCUACAGUACAGUACAGCCCCGAGCCCAGUGCUCUCGUCAAGUAUGACUUCAGAACCAUCCAGAACAUCGACUGCUACAACACAGACUUCUGUGUGAAAGUGCGACACGGCAUGCGCUACUGGAACAUGACGGUGCAGUGGUGGCUUCAUCAGUACAUCUACAGCAGCGCACCAUUCAGAGCCUACGCCCUGAGAGCGGGAUGGACGAUGUUGGUGAGCGCGUACUGGCAUGGUCUGCAUGCAGGUUAUUACUUGUCCUUCCUGACCAUCCCGGUGUGUAUCGCAGCAGAGUUGGCGAUGGAGUCGUGUGUGCGCGUGCGUCUCGGCGCUGAGGGACAGAAGGUGUUCGACUGGGUGCACUGGUUCCUGAAGAUGCGUGCGUACGACUACAUGUGCAUGGGCUUCGUCCUGCUGAAGGCCGGCGACACGCUGCACUACUGGAGCUCCAUUUACUUCCUCAUCCACGCCGUGGCACUCGUCUGCAUCGCCGCCGGACGACUGAUCGGUAGAGGGAAGAAGGAGAGGACGAGGGAGGAGAGCGAGAAGUGACACUCGUCUCCCUACAAACUGCCGAAUGCAUUCUGCAGUGCAUUAUGGGAUUUCAGGAGUGCACUGGGUAUUUCAGGUUAUAAUUAGUGCACCUGCCGUUUAAGAACUACAAAUCCCAGCAUGCACUGCUUCUGUGCCAAUUGCUGUAUAUAUGUUAGCCCCCGUUUUAGUGCUCUUUUUACCACGCCCUCUACAGCUUCUUUUAAAAUGCGUAUCAGUCACGGCAGGAGUGCGCACUCGCAGCCCAGGCGGAGGAUGAAGUGUGUAGGGAUUUUCAGGCUGAGUGCACUUGUUGCCCUUAGCAACAAGCACACUGUCACUGCGUUCAGUCACAUUGACUCGCUCAUGACACGGUAAUGAAAGAACGAUGGAAUGGUUAGGGAAAGAGAGAAAGAAGGGAAGAUGAUCAAGAACAGAAAGAAAUGUAUGAAAGGAAAGGAAGGAAUGAUGGAGGGAAGGAAGGACAGAAGGAGAUGAUGGAGGGAUGGAAGGAAAGAAUGAAACGAUGGGGGAAUGAAGGAAAGAAACGAUGAAGAAAUCGAGGAUGGACAGAAGGAGAUGAUGGUGGGAUGGAAGGAAAGAAUGAAAUGAUGGAGGGAAGGAAGGAAAGAAAUGAUGGAGAGAAGGAAAGGAAACAUGGACAAACAAUAGAAAUAGACGAAUAUCAAACUCAAGAGAGAAUGAUGGAAGGAUGAAGGACAAAUGGUGAAGAAAAAAUGAACAAACAAAAAAGAUAGUUUAGGGAUUAAGGAAAGGAAAACAGAAAACAAAGUAGCAAAUGUGGAAGAAUAAAAGCAAACUAGAAGGAUAGAGGAAUGAAAGGGAGAUCUGAAAAGAAGAAAUAAGAAAUAAAAUAAGAAAAUAAGUUUAAAAAUGCACGAUGAAGGAACAAAGCACUUCUCUUGGACUGAUGAAGUUUUUGGGCGUGUUAAAAACAGAACUGAAACAGGAGAUGAACAGAUUUUGAUGUGAAUGUGCUAAAAGAUGAAACAGGUGAUGGACAGAUAGAGGGAGGAAACAAAAAAGGAUAUAAAAAUGGAUAUACAAGUCUCACGUGCCAGUACUGGUUCAGUAACCAGUGUAGAAUUACUUCAUCUCCCAGCAUGCACUGCACAUAAAUAUUGUCUGUAGGACAGAAGAGAGAUUUGCCAAAAAAGGAAGUGUUCCCAGAAUGCACUGCUUCUCUUCAACGGAAGACAGAACAGAAAAAGUCACUUGUUCUCAAUUGCAGAUGUGUAAGAACUCAGUUUCCCAGAAUGCACUGCUUUGAUGCCAAUUCUCAUGUUAAGGUUUAUGUUAGAAAGGGACAUAGCGUUAUGUUAGCGGAUAUAAUGUGCAACAUCUCCCAGCAUGCACUGCUUCCAUACUAAUUGCCAUAAACCCAGUAUUUUUCACAGCAUGACAGAGGUGACGUGAAUGGUGAUAGAAAUUUAUAGCCGAUGUGUAAAGACUACGUUACGCAUCAUGCACUGCUUCUGCACCAACCAGCCAACCCUCCACUGCCAUACGAACAUGAUCAGAGGUUCUCGGGGGUCAUGUGAUGGAGGACGUGUGUUGCUAUGGUACAAGAACGUGAAUGUUAGUGAAAGUCAGACAAUGUCUGUGUUUAUUCCAAGAAUUUUAAAAGGUUCAUGGGAGUUGAAGUCCAUCUUUGUUAUGUUGGUUUUUUUUUUUUUGUUUUGUUUUUGUUUUUGUUUUUGGGUACAAACAUUUUAUUUCCGUUUCUUUCACUUUGUUACAUACUUUCACUUUCCUUCACUGGAACAUUCCUUACGGACUUUAUUUCCUGUCGUGAGUAAUACUGCGUGAACACGGCGACAAAAUUGCAAUUUGUAUGAACGGAAAUUUCCGAAAAAUCUGCAGAUCUGUAACACAGAUGUUGUGUUUUGCUUUACACAUGGCUUCUGUACAAUCUUUCUUCACACAUUCGUUACGAACAGAAUUGGAGCUGUACCUUAAACUUUUACGGAUUUAUGCAUUAAUUCACGUAUUAAUUCACAUAUUAAUUUAUGCAUUAGUUACGAACUUUGCAUGGUGGACGUGCAGUUACUUUUCACAGGAAAAUGCCUCUGUACUUCUCUCAGUCACUCCAUCACACUCAAUGUGAACGUAAAUGUUGUGUAUAUUUUUAAGUAUUUUACACGAGAAGUGUUUCACUGUUCUGCCAUGAGACUAAACAGUCGUGUGUUGAUAUUAAAAUUUCGAAUUUAGAUGAA